AUGGCUGAAAAACAGGAAACCGUCACAGACAAUGCUAUUGCGCCAGAGACGGCAUCUGUAAUCCCAGGCAAGAAAAAGCGCAUCCAUUUAAAUGGAUUUGAUAUGUUUACAGUCAGUCACCUAUCGUUUGGGCAAUGGCGCAACCCGAAAGACCGCGCAAAAACCAAACGUCGAGAUAUCUCAUACUGGACGGAUCUAGCCAGGAUUCUAGAAAAGGGAGAGUUCACUGCACUCUUUCUAGCGGAUACAUAUGGUCUGUACGACACCUAUAAAGGAAGCUCUGAAACCUCGCUACGAUAUGGGGUUCAGGUGCCAAUGGGGGAUCCUUCUAUUCCUAUUACUGCCAUGGCAUCGGUAACUGAGAAUCUCGGGUUUGCAAUUACCACGUCGACUUCCUAUGAAGCGCCGUAUGUUGUCGCGAAACGGUUUUCUACCUUGGACCACUUGACCAGAGGACGUUUUGGUUGGAAUAUUGUCACAUCCUGGAAAGCGUCCGCAUCAACGGCUCUUGGAUUACCCUUGGUCGAGCACGAUAAGCGUUACGAAAUCGCGGAUGAAUAUUUACGUGUAUUAUACAAACUCUGGGAAGGGAGUUGGGCCGACGACGCCUUGAAAGAGGACGCCGAAACAGCCGAAUACGCCGACCCAAGUCGGAUCAAGACUGUACAUCAUCACGGAGACAACUUCCAUCUCGACGGAGUGCAUAUUCUUGAUCCAUCACCUCAACGAACGCCAUUCCUUUUUCAAGCGGGGACAUCCCCAGCAGGUAUCGCGUUCGGAACAGCUCAUGCAGAAGGAAUUUUUGUCUCUGCAAUCUCACCAGAAGCUCUAGCUCCAAGAGUUAAGACAAUUCGUGAGGAAGCUGCAAAACGAGGCCGUGAUCCAGCCUCAAUCAAGAUUUUCCCCUUGCUUACCCCCAUCAUUGGCCGCACCGAGGAAGAAGCCAAGGAGAAAUAUGAAGAGGCACUGAAACAUGCAAACUUUGAGGCGGGUCUCACCUUUUGGUCAGGAAGUAGUGGAAUUGACUUGAGUCAAUUUGAUCUUGACCAAGAAAUCAGACCUACGGAUGUCACUGUUGACGCGCGGGUACAUUCCACUCUAACACAUUUGCAGCAUACAAGCCCAGACAUUCCUGCUUGGACUCCAAGAAACAUCGGGAAAUGGAUUGCACUCGGCGCCAAUGGGCCUCUUUCAGUCGGCACACCCGAAAAAAUUGCUGAUUUGCUAGAACGAUGGGUUGAUGUCGCUGAUGUCGAUGGGUUCAAUAUUGGUUACAUUAUAUCCCCCGGCUCCUUUGAAGAUGUAGUCGAGCUACUGGUCCCGGAAUUAAAGAGGAGAGGUUUAUACGAUCCCCUCCCAGAAAGAAGUACACUCAGAGAGAGGAUAUAUGGAGUCGGCCAGAAAGGUUUACGAGAUGAUCAUCUCGGAAGUAGAUAUAGGUUUGACGUUAUGGCUCCGUCAGUUGCAGUGGCUCCAGAGGGGACUGCUCCGGUUACUGUUCCUGUAAAGUCAGUACCUGAGAAUACAACUGAAAGCAAGCCAAAGAUUCGGAGAGUCAUCGACGAGGAGGAAAAUACGACCGCCACUUACCCUCACUACCUUCCGACCUGGGACCACGGCGAGAAAUAUCCACCUCUCGAGCCGUUCAGCCACAUCGAGCAUGGCAGGGAUGCUGACCCGAGCUUCAAGGAUCUUCUCCCAGAGGGAUCAACUAUCGACAAACUCACACCAACAAUCGGCUCGGAGGUACGUGGAGUACAACUUCACAAACUCUCUGCAGCUGGCAAAGAUCAACUAGCUCUCCUUGUUGCACAACGCAAAGUAGUUGCAUUCCGUGACCAGGAAUUUGCCGACCUUCCCAUAAAAGAGGCACUUGACUUUGGUGGCUAUUUUGGUCGUCAUCAUAUUCACCCUACCAGCGGUUCUCCUGAUGGAUAUCCCGAGAUUCAUCUUGUGUACCGGAAGGGAACGGACGGCGAAGUCGAGGCUUUCUUCGCCAAUCGCAACAGUAGUGUUCAAUGGCACUCUGAUGUGUCAUACGAGAAACAGCCCCCGGGAACUACAUUCUUAUACAUUCUAGACUCUCCAGAAGUGGGCGGUGACACUGCCUUUACAAACCAAGUUGAGGCAUAUAAUCGCCUCUCGCCUGCUAUACAGCAGCGGUUGCAUGGUCUGAAAGCCGUUCACUCUGGCCAUGAACAGGCUGAGUUCAGCAGAAGCCGCGGUGGCGUGGUGAGACGAGAGCCCGUUCAAACCGAGCAUCCGCUUGUGCGUACUCAUCCUGUAACUGGAGAGAAAGCUCUUUACGUCAACAGUGGCUUUACGCGAAGUAUUGUGGGGCUUAAGAAGGAGGAGAGCGAAGCCUUGUUGGGAUUUCUAUUAAAUCAUAUCGGCCGUGGAAUCGACUAUCAGGCCCGUGUGAGAUGGGCACCGAAAACUGUAGUCGUUUGGGAUAACCGUGUUACUGUGCACUCUGCAAUCUUCGAUUGGAUAACAGGAGAACGUCGACAUUUGGCACGUAUCACACCACAGGCUGAACGCCCUUAUGAAACACCAUAUGGGGGUUGA